AAAAGAGAAUGUGUGGAUCGAGUUGAGGCCAGCCUUCCCAGCCAUUGCUGACGGUGAGAGAGGAAGAAGAGGAAAAUGUGCAUCGAUUCCAAUGACAAAUUUUCCCUCCCACAAAUCCAGAAAAGAGGAAUUUUCGAAACGAGUCAAAGCUAUAAGCAUUCAGUGAAGCGACAAUGAUGCUCUUUAAGAAGUCUAGGAAACAAUCCAAGCAAGUUGGUGCCUUAGAGGCCAUCGACAAGAAAUCCACGGAAUCCAGUCAAAAACAAGGAAGGAGGGGGUCGUUCUGGAAGCAAAAAGACGCCAACAGCUGCCAGUAUUUGGACGAUUGCGAAGAGAUCGAUCCCAACGAGUGUUCCCAACAAGGCUCCUCAAAAUUGGUUCUUUUCCGUGUGACCGAGGUCAAAGGGAAAACUCAGGGACAGGCCAAGAUUUUUGGAAAGGGCUCCAAGCCCCAAAGGGCAGAGCAAGGUUUGGUCAUUGACACUUCCCAUAGUACAGACCAAGACGACUCCUCGGCUUCAACCGCGAAAACAACAAAUCGAAGCUGUUGGUUUAAUACACCACAGAACGGGCGUUUUGCCGAGGAGGAAGAGAUCCCGCGAACGAUCUCCUUGGUCACAUCACCCAAGAAAAAGAAGAAAAAGCAGAAGAAGAGCAUUCUUAGCUUCAUCAGGGUUUCAAGUGAAACAACGGCGUGAAUUUUCUUUAGGUGGCUGUCAUUGGGCUAUCCUUCUUCCCAUUCUUGCCCAAUCCUCACACUCAACCUCUUACUAGCUACAUGAAGAAUAUAUUCAUAGAUCACUUUUGAUUC